AUGCCGAUUCGUGGUUACGGUGUGUGGAAGGCAAAGCCUGUGCACUAUGUUGUUGAACAUGAGAAUGAGGACGAAGUCAGCCCUCAUUUAUCACUAUACUUCGACGAUAAAGGAGGCAAAGAAUCUCAGCUUGCCUACUGGGUAGAUCGCAACUUCAACAACCAUCCCAUCAUCAACAGUCUCACCGACCUACCUUCAGGCUUUCAGUCCCUAGAAGAGCCAAAGCAGGGAUACGCUGAUAUGAGACUGGACUACAUCCGGAGCAACUUGUUCAAUGUCAAUACUGGUCGAAUUUUACCCCAUGAUGAACCAGGUCCCAACAAUGAUAUCAUUGAUGUUUUGGAACCUGAAGUCAAACAGGCAAUCGAUCAGAACGCCAACAUCUACUUAUUUGGUGCACAGUUUGGGGAUCAAAAAGGCAUUCAUGACGUGCACAUGAAUCAAGGCAAUAUUGGGCAGUUUCAACAUGAUGACGGUGUUUUCCAAGAUGGUGGCCUUCUGAUCAAUUACCCAGACUCUGGUCGAUGGGUGGGCGUGUUCAUCGGGUUCGCAUCACAGUCUGCGCACACAGAUGAUGACUCCGGACAUGCCAUAGGAUCAGAGACUUGGAAUGACUAUCUUGGCUCAAAAGGACGCCGUACAGAUCUGAUCGAGAAUUCUGCGACGAUCGACAAGGCGUUGGUUGAUUCAAAUGAUCCCAGAGUCAGACGCAGAUCAGUUACUAUCACAAAUUCGACUGACCACACAAUACCUCUGUCUGCAUGGAAGAUACAAAAUUCAGCUGGCCAAUUUCAAGCACUGCCGCGUGAUGCGGUUUUGGAUGCUAUGAAAACGCAAACUUUCGACCUUCCAAAUUGCCCUCUUUCGAGCAUUGGCGAUACCAUCACACUGGUGAAUGAUGAAGGACUGAAAGUUGAUGGGGUCAGCUACCACUCUCCACAGGGCGGAAUGGAGGGGCGAUCGGUUGUUUUUGCUCAUUAG